GGCUGCUCCUGCGGGGGUGACCCCGGGUGCCAUGGAUGUGGGCCCCCGGGGCGCGGGUCUGCUGACGGCACUGACCCCCGCGCAGCUGAACGACCUGUUUGACGCGCUGGACGACGAGGCGGCGCAUGAGAUGGUGCAGUACGCGCGGCUGUUCGAGGACGACACAGAUCUGAGCCAGGGUGUGUUCGUUGAGACGUUGCGGCAGCAGCACCUGCACAACCGCCUGGACUGGUUCCAGUCCAUCGAGGACGCUGUGUUGGACUGGGCGGAGGCGGGCGGCCACACCUCCCUCGGCCCCACCUCGCUGCGCAACGCCAUGAUGCGCGCACACCCCGACACCGACACCAAGACGCAGCGAGAAAUGCUGACACGCGUGUUUGGGGCGGUGGGGGGAGCGGUGGUGCUGCCGCCAGGCGAGAAGCCCACUCGCGGCAGUCGCGCGGCCCGACUAGGCAAGGACGAGUCGGCGGUGGCGGUGCCUCUGGAGGUGGCACUUCGUAAGCUGCGGCAGGAGCGGUCGGAGGGCAUGGUGGGGGCGGCGGCGGCGUUAGAGAUGAUCGCAUCCGGCCGGGUGACCAAGUCCGCCGCGGGACGGGGCGGCUCGCCGAGGCGGGGGGGACGCGCAGCGAACCAGG